GCAGUGUUGAAAGGAGGAAAACAACAACCUGUCAAACACCAUGAGGUGGAGUUUACUCCUAGCACUCAUCCUAAUAUGUGGGGUCCUGGCCCAUGCCCUCCCUGUGAAGGAGAAGAAGGAAGAACACAAGAAGGAAGAGGAGGAGAAGAAGGAAGCUGAAGAACAUGGAGAGGAAUGGGAGCUGAACUUGGAGUACGGUCGAUACCUUAAGGAGGUGGUGCAAGCUCUGGAGAGUGAUCCCUCCUUCAGGAAGAAAUUAGAGACCGCCGAAGUGGAUGACAUUAAGAACAAGGGAAGGAUUGCUACGUCCAGAGCAUUUGGAAAGAAUAAAACUUUGUUCUCCAAAAGUAAGACUUUCUUCAAUCUUCAGGAACAUGAAAAAGAAACCGGUGUGGACCGUAACAUGCUGAAGAUUCCUGUCCACAUUGACCAUCGAAAUCCAACGCGGUUUGAAGUUGAGGACUUAAAGAAACUCAUUAUCAAGACCACAGCAGACUUGGAGAAGGUAGAUCAGCAGAGGCGCGAGGAAUUCAAGAAAUAUGAGAUGGAGAAAGAAUUUGAGAGGAAGCAGGAACUAGCGGGCAUGGAUGACGAGCACCGCAAGCAAGCAGAAGACAAACACAAUGAGGAAAUGAAAAAACACGGAGACCACGAAAAACUGCACCACCCUGCCUCGAAACAGCAGCUGGAAGAGGUCUGGGAAGAGCAAGACCACAUGCGUCGGGAAGACUUCGACCCCAAGACUUUCUUCCACCUGCACGACUUGGAUGGCAAUGGUUACUGGGAUGAGAUGGAGGUGAAGGCCCUCUUCAAGAAGGAACUCGACAAGAUGUACGAUCCCAAUGCUCCUGAGGACGACAUCAAUGAGCGCUACGAGGAGAUGGAGAGGAUGCGCGAACAUGUCUUCAAGGAGUCUGAUAUUAAUAGGGAUAACUUAAUCAGACAGAAGACCUCCAAUCAUGCAAAGCUACAUUUACCCAAAGCAAAUAAUUAUGCUCAAGACAGCAAGCUCGACCCCAACUAUAGAUCCCGAACAAACGAACAUUGCCAGACAUACAACUUCCCUACAAAUGCUCCCCCUCGGUGA